GACAAUAGUGAAUGUGAAACUAAAAUCACAACAACAAAAAUCAAAACAGCUGUUUUCAACCAUCUAAAUGGUUUUCAUAUCAAAGAUGUGGAUAAGAAUGAAGAUCUAGUGAAUCGAAUCGAUGAAAAUGUACAAUCACCAUCAAUUAUCUGUGACCAUAUUGAUGUGAUGAAUGAAAAUGAGAUGGAAUCAUCCGAUUCGAAUCCAGCAAAUACAAAAGAUAAUGAUGAUGACAAUUUUAAUGAUUUCCAAACAUCUGAUGAGUUUGAUUCUCAAAAUAAUCAAAUUGAUCAAAAUCAAGAUGAUGAUUUUGCCGAUUUUGAAUCUUUCAUUCCGGAUGAAAAGAAUUUUGCCAAUUUUUCCGAAUUAAAUCCUGAAAAAGAAAUGAAAUUCAAUGAUGAUGAUGAUGAUGAUUUCGAUGAUUUUGCCGAUUUUACUUGCAAUGUUUCAAUCGAACCAAUCGUUAAUGUUGAACAAACAACGAAAGUGGUAAAAAAUUUCAAUGAUCACAGGCAAUUGAUUAAAGAUGCUUUUCAUUGCAACAAAAUUAAUUCGAUUGCCGAUGAUGAAACAGUACGGAUAUCGAAUGAUUUUUUCAAUGAACAUAUUUGUGAUCAAAAAGCUCGUGAUUUAUGGAAUAAUCUACAACAAUUAGAUUUGAAAUUAAAUUUCACUUUUACUAAAUGGAAACAAUCAUCUUCGUUUAAACAUCUGGUUGAAGCGCUGAAAAUUGAUUCACGUAAUGUGAUUCCAUCGGAUAUUUUUCCAACAACAACAACAACAAGUUAUAAUAAAAUUUUACAGCCAACAAUGUAUGAUCAUUCAACAACGACAACGAUAAUAUCAACUGAAGAUGAUUCUAUCAACAUGGCCGAUGAUGAAUGUAAUAAAAUGCCGAUGAAUGUAUUCUCUACGAAUAGAAAUCUAAUUAAAUCAACAAAAAUAGAAUCAAAAGGCGAAUCAUCAUCAUCAUCAUCACCGUUCACGUGGUCGUCCGAUCAUGCGACACAUACGACCGCAACAACAACAACAUCAACAACAACGACCGCAACAACAACAAAAACUACAACUAAUCAUUCAGUGUUCAAUAAUCAUCUAGCUCAAGAUUUAGAUUUUUUCGAAACCAAAUACGCCAUUAAAAACAGUAACGUUUCGAAUAUUAAUAAUAAAAAUGAUGAUGGUGAUGAUGAUAAUAAUAAAAUGGGCCAUCAUCAUGAUCUCAUUGCCGAAUUCGAUGAAUUUCUACGAAUCGACAAUGAAUCAUCCUCAACAAUGGCCAAUAAUGUACCGGACAAAUCUGUAGAAAAUAAACAAACAGGUGAUGAUCGUUAUAAUCGUUCAGCGCCAUCGAUACAUUCCAACAAAUCGACAACAACAACGAAUCGAAUGAAUGAACAAGUUUUAAGCGCUGAAGCAUUACAAAUUCUUAAUGAAUUGCCAAAUCUUUCAAUGAUGAGAGCCAAAGUUUUAUUAUAUCCAAUGGUGGGCAAUAAUAAUAAUCGUUCAAAAUCCGAUUUAUCACCAUCGAGCCGGUAGUUUUUUUUUUUUGGAAUGAUCUCAUCAUCAAGAUGACAUUCACUGUGAUCAAUAAAUAGUGGAAAAUCUCAAAUUUUUUUAAUAUACCAAACUUUUUUUUUGUUGAAUGCAAAAAUUUAUUUAAGCAUUUAUUUAUAAUC